CGAAACAGAAGUUUGUCAUUUUCUUUAAUUCGUAUUAACUAACCCCUACUAAUAGUUCCCAAUCAAUUAGAUUAGAAAUACUUUACAUUAAUUUUUAUGACUUUGGAUUUUAUAAAAAUUGCAUUGCUAAGAAGCAAAAAUGGCAAACGAUAGUGACAUGAGGUCGCUGUUGACGAUGUCCUCGAGCAUCGACGGCAGCACCUCCCCACAGGUUCGCAAGUGGAGGAACAUCCCGCUGCACGAGAGGUGCUCCAUGAGUGACAUGGUCAAGAUAAAAGAAGUAUUCGAGACAACUUAUGGAAACAAACUGCUACAAAAUGAAUUCAGAACUCUCUUAAAAACUUUGCUGAACGUAGAAUACGAUGACGAAGAAUUUAAAAUACUUUUCAUGAAGAUCAACACCAGCCGUGACGGUGAGAUCAACUGGGACCAGUUGGUAUCACACCUGCUGCUCGGCUACUUCGCCAGCGACCAGGAAGAUCAGGGAGAGUCUCUCCAGCUGCCUAUCAUGGGCCUGCCGAAGAUUAUGAGAUCGCAGCACCGCCAUCCCAUCUCUAGGAUUUGCUUCUGUCCAGAUGUUGCUAAAGACCGCAGCACGGAUCCGAUGCAGGGUUGCUACAUCACGGCCAGCCGCGACGGCAUGAUCAGCUGGUGGUCGCUGGAUAUGGUGCGCCUGCGCAGCGCGCACUCCACCUGUCCCGCGCUGAAGGUGCGCACCACGUGGGUGACAGACCUAGCGUGUCUACCGGACGUCAACAUCGUGGUGACGAGUUCGACGGAGCGCGACUUGCGCUUCUACGACUGCAGCGCAGGCACCUUCACGCUCAAGAUCAUCAUCUCCAGUUGGGAGUACAUGAUAAGUACAAUGUACUACCACUUCGAUAAGGACGAGCGCGAGGACUGUCUGCUGGUUUGUGGCGACGUGGGCGGGUACGUGCGCGUGCUGCGCUUCUCGCCCGUCAUGCGCGGCCCCUUCCGCAACCAGCCCGGGCGCGCGCUGCAGCAGCUGCGCCACGUCGACCUGCAGAAACGGCCGGAGCUGCUGCCCGAGCUGCAGCUGGUGGAGUUCCCGCGCGCGCACACAGACUGGGUGCGACAGGUGUCGUACUACGCUUCGCUGCACUGCGUCGUGUCGUGCGCCACGUGCCCCGACGCCUUGCUCAUGUGCGACCUCGCCGCAUCCCGCACGCACAACACUUUCCACACAGAAAAGGGCAUCCAGUGCUUCGCAUUCGAGGAGGAGGCGCAUGUGCUGGUGACGGGCGGGCCGGACUGCUGCGUGCGCGUGUGGAACUCGUUCGUGGCGACGGCGCCGAGCGCGCUGCUGCAGGGACACCGCGCCGGCAUCAUCGCGCUCGUGUUGCAGGACCGCGCCCGCCGCGCUUACUCGCUGGCUCGGGACCGCACCAUCAAAGUGUGGGAUCUGCAGGCGCAGGCCUGUCUGCAGACUUACAUCGACGUGCCGCCGCAAAUCGGCGAGCGCACGCCCAUCUCUGCCGUAUACAACCCGGCGACGCGCGAGCUGCUGCUGGCGGCGGUGAAGCUGGCCGUGCUGGUGCUGGACGAGCAGCUCAACCCGCUGCAUACUGACGGCUUCACGCACUCGCGAGCCGUCUCCAAGCUGCUCUAUAACCCGCUCUUCAAAGUUAUCAUCACCUGCGGAAUGGACAGCAUCAUCAUCAACUGGGAUCCUCUCACCGGUAAACGCAACGUGGUGAUGCGAUCUGCGCAUACGCGGCUACUGCACGGCGAGCUGGUGCCUGUGGAGAUCACGGCCGCCUGCUUCGACCCCGCCAACCAGCUGCUGCUCACCGGCGCACGGGACGGCACCCUCAAGACGUGGAACUUCAACACCGGUGUGAGUCUACGUUAUUUGGAGAUCGAACACAUGUGCGAGGUCACCAGCUGCUUUUGGAUUGAAGGAAGGAUUCUAGCGGUGGGGUGGAACCGGCACGUGACUGAGUUCGAGGACCAGGGGCUGGCGACUCAGGGCAAGAGCUGGGAGACGCGACACCGCGACGACGUGCUGGCGGCGGCCGUGCGCGUCCCGCUGACCAUCGCCACCGCCUCGUACGCCUCCGAGCUGCUGCUCUGGAAGCUGGAAACCGGCCAGCCCUACAGGAGGUUUUCGUGCACGGAGCCGACGCUACGCAUCAAGAUGCAGUACAGCAAGCGCACCGCCUCCCCGCAGCAGCCGGCAGCCGCCGCCGCCGCGCCCCACGCUCAUAGACCUUCUGCUAUUUUCCGUCCGAGCGUGAGCGGCAUCCGGUCGGGGCGCGCGCGGCGCGUGUCGACGGUGGCGCUGCCGGCGCAGGCGCAGGUGCUGCGUCAGCUCGCAGUGCACGCCAUGAUCUUUCUGGAGACGCGCCCGAUGAGCAUGCACGUCGCGUCUAUGAUGCUAUCCCUGGAGAACGGGCAGGUGCAAUGCUGGUCCGAUCACCCGGCGGGCGGGUACAAAGGCUCAUUCCAGGGGAUCCACACGGCAGGAGACUACGUGUCGGCCUUCGCCACCGACGUCGGCAACGAGUUCCUUUUCACCGGGACCACCGUCGGUUACAUCAAAGUCUGGCUUAUGACGAACUACCUCACGACUGAGAAGGUGCACGUGAACAUGCCGCGGCUGCGCAUGGAGUUCCCGUUCCUGUGGCGAGACCGCAUCGAGGGCCGCGCCAAGCGCUGCGUGCGCGACCAGCCCCUGCCGCUCCUGCUCAACAGCUACCGCGCGCACCUGCGCUGCGUCACCUCGCUCGCCUAUAUUGACGACCAGAAGCUUUUGCUCUCCGGCAGCUCGGACUACAGCGUGCGCGUGUGGCGGCUGAGCGGACAGUACGUGGGCACGCUCGGCAGCUUCGUGCCCUGGUCACUGGAGUCCACGCGCUUCCCACCCGACGUCCAAAAAGUGGCCAGUUUUACUACUUUCAAGGUGUGGCGCGGAGGCUACGUGUCGCGCUACGUACCGGGCCGCGUGGCGCCCGACGUGUCCGACGUGACGGCGGCCGAGCUGCGCACGCGCACAUUCGGCGCCGCGCCCGCUCCACCGCUGCUGGGCCGCCACACCACGCUGCCGCCGCGUCCCGAGCCCCAGCCUCCGCCGCGACUCGACGACUCCCUACCCACCGUUAGCUGCCUACUCUACUUCCAUCGCUAAUCUCACCUUAUUCCUUUUUACCAUAUUACUGUAAUUACAUAGUCACAGCGAUAUGUCCGGCAUAUGUUUAUAGCUUUUCUUGCGUUGAUGAAUGACUGUCGUCAAGGUUGCG